AUGUCCAUCCGCGAAGAAAUCUUCGAAUCUCUCCCAUACAUCGACCCCGAACCCACAGAAUCCCAACUCGCCGCCGCCCAGUCUCUCAUAACCGCCGAACUCCCACCAACCCAACCCCCGCACCCCUCCCUCCGCCCCUCCCCCGAACCAACAUUCUCACCCGCGAUAUCCUCCCUUCUCUUCCAACAAACAACCCCACCAACCCCCCUAACCGCAAUCGACCUAACCCGCUACGAAGAACAAGACCCCCUCCCGCCCAAUGCCCCCCUCGAUGCAGCCCUCACCUCCCUCUCCCGCGCCUACGCCUCAGCAGCCUACCUUUCCGGCCGCACCACCUCCCUCGACCUCCUAUCCUCCCACGGGAAAAACGCAUGGCUCGUCGCGAACUGGCAGCUCGAGUCGUACCUAACCAUCCUCGAGGCCGAGCUCGCGGCUGCUCGCGCCUCCGUCGAUAGGCUUGCGCUUGAAAGGAGGAGGGCGCAGGAUCACGUUGCGGCUGAGAUGGCGGGGUUGGAGGACGCGUGGAAGAAGGGCGUUGCGAAGACGCUGGAGACGGAGGUUGCUGUUGAGGAGGUGAAGAGGGAGAUUCGGGAGAGGAUGAGGGCGCGGGGGGAUGUGAUGAACACCGAGUGA